AUGAUCACAACGUCUCCAAAGCCCAGCACUUCAAGAGUCGAAUGGGAUUUGAGGUAAGUUCCAAAAUGCCACCGACCGAAAACGGCUUGCGCCCUUUGAGUUAUUAAUCAUCUUUUUCAGUCAUUCCGAUCGCGAGGAGAAUCGCUUCGCCGACAAUGAAGAUGAAGCCAGCGAGGGGUGAUUUUUUUUUAGAAAUUCCCGAAAAAACUUUUUUUUCAGAGCUUCCACAUACUUCACCUUCUCUCGCCAUCAAGAACACUAUUUUUCGAAUACUGAACUUUUCACGAAUACUGGAUAUAACUACUUAAAAUACGCCGAGUACAAAGAAAUAAAAUCAGGCGAAAAUCGGUGAGUAUCAUUGGAUGCGUCGCGGUUGCGUAGCGGUUCCUUUUUUAGAGCUUCGCCCCAUUUUUCUGUGUCGCAUUUGUGCUACGCCCGGGAUCUGAGGUCGAGCUCAGACAGGGCAAUGCUCCGGCUCCCGGUGCUCAGGUCCGAGCUCCAUGACGUCACUUUUGAGCUCUUCGCCGGUGACGUCAUGGCGGUGCUCUACACGAAAGGUGAAUUGUAGUUUGAAGGAGCGGGGGCUUUUUUAUAAGGCACGGCAUUCCUAAUGAGGUGAGGGAAGAUGAGCGAGGCGUCAAAGUUUCUGAAUUUACGGAAAAAAAGUAAGUGCGCGCUUCGGAUAAAAGUACUGUGUCGUCACAGCUACCUAUCGUUGCAAAUUGAACUGAGUAUUCAACGGCAUGAAGAAUACAUUUGGCUGCGUACUUGAGAUUUCAAAUUUCGCGCUAAAAUUUGUUUGACGUCUCCCCAGCCCGUUUGGGAACGCCAUGUAAGGGUCUAGAAGCCAAAGAAAACCCUUGGAUGGUUCAGAAAGUGAGGUCGACUGCCUGAUGGAGAAGCUCAGUGGGACUGGCAGCCGUUUGGGGAAAACUAGCGGCGAAUUAAAUGUCAAUGGACAUAGGUUGAGAAAAUCGGCCGCUUCUAGAGUUAUAGGUAAGUGGACGCAUUUGGAAUGGCUCGACGCGUCGCGGUAACCUCCAUCGGCGUUCGGAGCCAUUCCCAGUGCGACCAAGGAAUGUCAAAGGGACAUUUUUCGCUUCUUCAGGCGUUGUGAAUCACGACCGACCGCCCCCAAACUUGACAGUCUAUCAGUACCUGAUCGCCUGUUCGAAAUUCUGCCCACCUGCUGUCAAGCAUUUCGGAGGGACUACUCAUUUGGUUUUUUUUAGCUCUAUCUAUGACGUCAUUAAUUGGCGUUCGUGACGUCAUUGUUUGGCAUUCAUGACUUCAUGCUUUGGCUUUCAUGACGUCAUGCUUUGGCUUUCAUGACGUCAUGCUUUGGCUUUCAUGACGUCAUGCUUUGGCUUUCAUGACGUCAUUCUUUGGCUUUCAUGACGUCAUGCUCUAGAUUUCAUGACGUCAUGCUUUGGCUUUCAUGACGUCAUGCUUUGGCUUUCAUGACGUCCUUCUUUAGAUUUCAUGACGUCAUGCUUUGGCUUUCAUGACGUCCUUCUUUGGCUUUCAUGACGUCAUGCUUUAGCUUUCAUAACGUCAUGCUUUUGCUUUCAUGACGUCAUGCUUUGGCUUUCAUGACGUCAUGCUUUGGCUUUUGGCCAAGAUUUUUCUGUUUUCUGGCGUGAAUAGUAAGAAAAUUUCCAUUUAAAGCCAUUUUUGGGAAAUUUUCGAUUAUUUAUCAACUACUCUAAAGGUCUCAAGUUCAACCCCCAUGGGGUAGAAUAUUUUUUGCCAUAUUUCUGAUAGUUCAAAAUAGCUCAAUUUUAGAUUCCUAUGACCUUUUUGCGAAUAAAAUGUCACUAUUUUCUUCCAGAUGAACCAAUUGAUAAGCACCUUGGCCCUGGCGCCUCUAUGCGACAUUCGCUGUGGGAAAUUGGGACCAUCGGAACUUCAGAGGGUCAAAAUUGCCGCCCAGUUGAUCAGGGACCCUCGUGAGUUUAUUUUUCCUUUUAUUUCCAGCUAAAACUGUGAAAUUUGAAGAAAUUUGUCCAAGAAGGAUGUCACGGAGAUCUUCUUAGGAACGCCAUAGUGGUCCCUAUAGGGGUUAAGAGAAAAAAAAGGACAUCGCAGACAAAUUAUUCCUCUCAUAGGUUUAUAAGAAUAACUAGCAUGCCCCUAUAGGAGCCAAUUUCGGAAGUUUAAGUGGCCCCUUUAGGGAACAAACAGUGCGAGGUAAAGUGGUAGAGGAUAACCUUCAAGGGCCCCUAUAGGGACCACUUUCAGAAGCUUCAGUGGCCCCUACAGGGAGCACAUAGUGAGUCGAAAAGGGGGAAAAUCAAGGGCCCUGAGGUUGCCCCUAUAGUGACCACUUCUGAAAGGUUAAGUGGCCUCUAAAGGGAGCACACAGUGAGAGGUAAAGUGGGAGAAGUGAACCUUCAGUGGCCCCUAUAGGGACCACUUUUGGAAGCUUAAGUGGCCCCUAUAGGGAGCACGCAGUGAGUCGAAAAAGGGGAAAAUCAAAGGCCCUGGUUUAGCCCCUAUAGGGACCACUUUUGGAAGUUUAGGUCGCUCCUAUAGGGAACACACAGUAAGUGGUAGAGAAGAGCCUUCAAGGGCCCCUAUAGGGACCACUUUUGGAAGCUUAAGUGGCCCCUAUAGGGAAAAAAUAGUGAGGGGAAGAGAAGAAAAAUGAAGGGCCCCUAAGGUUGCCCCUACAGGGAGCACUUGGAAGUUCCUAAAGUCAAGCCGUUUCCAGUGUUAUUUUAGAGUUUCAGGGCCUUUGUAACGUGACCUUUUUUCGGACUUUCAGAAAUCCUCGUCUGCAAGGACAUUUGCCGAGAACUCGACGUCUACGACAUGGCUUUCCUGGUGGAUUAUCUGCGCGAAUGGGCGGUCCGGGCGAAAAGGAUCGCCGUUUUGGCCCUCGCCCCGCCGACAAUCGAAAUUCUGAAGAUGUUCUCGAAAGGUUGAAACGCCUUCGCUUUCAUGGGGAUCGUUUGGGGAGGCUUGGGGUGGUCUGAAGGAAUUUAUUUUGGUGAAGAAAGCGAAUAUUGAAGCCCAUAAUAGGAAAAGUAUACACUCAACUUGGAAAAAUCUGACUUCUUUGCGCCUCUCUUGAUUCCAUGUUCUAUAGCCGAUUCACGGCUGGCUGGGGGCGUGGCUUGUCUGUGCUCUCCACCAAACAGGCACUCUCUCGUUUACUAUCGUGUCAGGACCCUUUUUAAAAGAGAGCCUAGAAAGGUCAGAAUGUCUCGCGCUCUAACGAAUAGGUUACACAUGAGUUUAGGCUUUUACAAAUACCCUAUUGAUUUUUUUUCAGCGGGCUUAAGAAAUCCUCUUUUCAAGUACCUUUUUCAGUUCACUGUUCAAAUCUUAACGAUUUCCGACUUUUUUCAGUCACAAUAUUGGCUUCCGGACGGGUCGUCUACUUCGGAGAGCCCCAAAACAUGCUGACCUACUUCGACAGCAUCAAUUUCCCCUGUCCGAACUUUAAAAAUCAGUGCGAUUAUUAUGGUAGGGAUUACUGUACACCUAAUUGCUUGUCUGGACUCUCUCAAUCUCUCAUUUCUCGGUGAGAGAUGAGAGAGCGCAGACAGGCCAGAAGAUUGCUUCAGUCGUAAAAUUUACAGUUGACCUCGUGACCCAUGACAAUUUGACAUCUGAAGCUUCAAAAGAAUCAAUGGCGAGGAUUUCAAGACUGGCCGGCCAGUGGGCGGCGCUCGGGCCAACUCCCAAGCGAUCGCCCGGCGGAAGUCUGCCGCCUGACUUGCCGCGCUCGGGACCUGUGACGUCAUUCGCGACGCUUCUUGCGUUAGUGACGUCACUUUUCUUCAUGACUUGCCUCUUUUUUCAGGCUCUUUUGGUUCGAAGUAAUCAAUUUCCCGCUGUCCAGCUUCACGUCCUGCUUCUUGAACCUAUUGCUAUCUUUUAUCAUAUCGAUUUGCUUCAACCGGAUGCCGAAAGACCGGGCUGGAGCAACUCAACGAUUUGGCCUCGUCAAGCAGAUGUUCUACUUCGCCACGUUUCCACUACUGUUUUAUAGCAUCCAGAGAGGUUUUUUUUCAGCCUGAAAGGUCUGUUGAGAAAUUGUAACAUGAAAAAAACGUGAAUUUCAAGACUAGGUUCAGUUUUGGGCAAGCUAUAAUGCAUUUUAGGUACUGAGAAGGGGCUCAUUUUACUUGGGAAUUUUCUAAAAAUUGGCCAGAACACUCUUUGAUGGACCAGAAGAAGGUUCUGAGAGUCUCAACCUGCUCAAAAUUUUUAUUUUUUGAUAAACAACGGCUCAAAGCCCCAAAAUAGUAUAUUGUGUGGGAAAAUUUUUAGGCCCCCAUAGGGUUUUGACGUUUUAGUGGCCACUAUAGCAGUCAAAUAGACGUUUUAGUGGCCACUAUAGCAGUCAAAUUAGUCGCCACUUAAGGGGUUAAAAGUUAGUGGCCACUAUAGAGGUCGAAGUGCUCCUAUAGUCAAUGUUUCCCGACUUGUAAGGCGAGGGAGGCGGGGCAGGGGGCGUGACGCGUAGCGUGUGCGUACGCGGUUCUUGGCACGUGUCCAAUUCAACCGCCAUCGACUCUUUGAAAAGCCCGUUUUCUGCUCUUUUAAUAUCUUUUUCAAUUAUUUAUUGAUUAUAUCCAUGUUUGCAUCAAAAAAUAGUAGAAAACAUUGAAAAAGAGCGGUUGCCGAGCUUUUUAAACAGUCGGCGGCAAUUGAAUUGAACUCGUGCCAAGAACCGCGAACGCACACGCUACGCGUCCCGCCCCUUGCCCCGCCUCCCUCGCCUUUCAAGUCGGGAAACAUUGACUCUACUAGACCAAUAAACAUUUUAGCGGCCACUUUAGGGGUCAAUGGAUCAACAUAACUGGUCCAAUCUGUUUGUUUUAAAACUAUCAGAGUUACUGGAAGGAAUACUGGAUGAAAAACUACUGAAGGGGCCACUAAAACGGAAAAAAGUGGCCACUAUAGAGGUGGGUUUAGUGGCCACUUUAGUGUCCUCUCCAAGUAGUCCUUGGCGAGCCUCUAUAGUGGCCACUAGACGAACUUUUAAGCGUCCUUUCUCGAAAAACAUGAAAUCGUGCAGGUUUAAAAUUUUAAGGUCCACUUUUGGUACAUCAAGAAGUGUUAUAGCCAAUUUUCGGAAAAAUCCCAACCGCAAGGUAAAUUGACUUUCCAUGUGAGGAAGCUUCUCCAUGUCAAAUUUAUCAUUUUGGAAGAUCAUAAUGGGGUUCAAGUUAAUUUUAAGUUUCAGUAGCCAUUCCAAAUGUGACAAAAGAGCAUUCAUUCGCGGCUGAGUACAGCUCAACAACAUAAAAAUCGUUUAGCUCAAAAACAACGCCGAAAACUUGGAAUGGGCGGCCUUUGGAAGUGCUACGGCAGCUUUUCCUAUUGCGCGGCCAAAGUUUGUCUUUUUCUACUUUUUUUAAAGAUAUCUCAAAUUUCCAGGCCAUUUUCGACUUUCCCUGUAUAGUCCUGUCAGCCUUGUUCUUCGCCCUACCAAUUUAUCUGAUCACUGGUUUGAAAAAAUAAAAUGUUGACAAUAAAUGAACGAAUUUUCCAGAUUUUGACCCAACUUCGGGCUCAACCAACGCCUUUUUCUCCUUAUUCCUGCUCUCUUUUCUUCAUUUCACAACUACCUCGUUUCUAGUCAACUUUUGCGCGUUCUCCUUCAAGUCUUUCACCGCUUCGGCUACCCUUUGCGGUAUAAACAUCACCACCGAGCUACCGUAACCCAAAUUUCAGUUUUAAUCUUCUCGUCUUGGUAUCUGACCUCUGGAUUCGCUGUUCAUUUUAAAGACCAAGCGAUGAUAUUUGCGUUCGGACGGAGACUCGUCCCAACUCAUUGGAUCGAUUUCAUCGCCGUUCAGCACAUCUUCAUGGGUAUGGAAGAACCGCGACGCGACACUUUAAAACUCAUUCCAGGUCAGCCGCUGCUGUCCUUCAAGGCGUCUGCUAACGUCACCGACUUGUUGUUCGACUGUGAGAGGACGAGGGUUCUAGCGAGGAAGAUCAAAGAGGUAAUGGCGAGAACCGGGAAAAGUCGGGCGCAAAGUGGCUUGAAACCGCUUUGAACUUUGUCUCUUAACACUGAUAAGAGACUUUUCCCUAUCUAACCAUCUGUGCUCUCUUGUUCGAAUGUGAGAGGACAAGGGUUCUAGAGAGGAAGAUUAAAGAGGUAUUGGCGAAAACCGGGGAAAGUCGGGCGCAAAAUGGCUUGUAACCGUUCGAUUUUCUCUUAACAUCGAUGAGACAUGGAGAGAGCGCAGAUAGUCAGGCUUUUCCCUAUGUGACCAUCUGUGCUCUCUCCAUUUUUCAACUUCAUAAUUUUUAUGGCCGAGAGAAGAAGAGAGUGCAGACAGUCAGAGGACUUUCCCAAGUCAUAGUGAUUCGACUAUAUCGAAAUUUUCGAAAAAAUACUUUUACAGCUACCAAUCUACACCGUCUCGACGUGCGCCAAGAUCUCAUCCCGACAAAUUUUGUUCUUUCACGGAACACCGGCCGACUUCCUGGCCACGCCCAUCACCGACGCCUCCAACGUCAAUUUCCUUUUAUUCGGCCUUCUUGUACUUUUCGCCUGGAUUCUCGUCUUGUUUUGCUUCACAGUACUUGGCUUGAGAUUGAGCCGACCUCAGAGUAUUUGA